AUGGCAAGUGGAGGUGGCACGAUGGGUGUCGUGGUAGAUCCGGAGACUCUUUAUACCAAGCAAAGCUGCAUAGGCGGCGGUAGCUUUGGCAAGGUAUACAAGGGGGUUGACAAGCGGAACGGGCAAGCUGUUGCAAUCAAAGUAAUCGAUGUUGAAAAUGCCGACGACGAGGUCGAAGAUAUCAUACAGGAGAUAUCGAUCUUGUCCGAACUCCACUCCCCAUAUGUUACCCAAUACCAUGGAUCAUACUUGAAGGGCUCUGACCUAUGGAUCGUCAUGGAAUUCUGCUCUGGUGGAAGCUGUGGGGACUUGAUGAAGCCAGGAGCGAUUGGGGAGGAUUAUAUUUCGAUUAUUAUACGGGAGUUGCUGCUUGGCCUGGACUACCUUCAUGGCGAUAAGAAGCUACAUAGAGAUGUCAAGGCGGCCAAUGUUUUACUGGGCUCUAACGGACAGGUCAAGUUAGCAGAUUUUGGGGUUUCGGGGCAGCUUUCCGCAACUAUGACGAAGAAGAAUACUUUUGUGGGCACUCCAUUCUGGAUGGCUCCAGAAGUCAUCAAGCAGUCUGGUUACGACCAUAAGGCGGAUAUCUGGUCAUUGGGAAUUACGGCGCUCGAGCUCGCCAAUGGAGAGCCACCUUACUCUGACAUUCAUCCCAUGAAGGUCUUGUUUCUGAUACCCAAGAAUCCUCCACCAGAACUCGAGGGUAACUUCUCCAAAGCUUUCAAAGAGUUUGUUGAGUUAUGCCUCCAGAAAGACCCGAGAAAGCGGCCGUCGGCGCGGGAACUACUAAAACACCCGUUUGUACGGAGGGCAAAAAAGACCUCAUACCUCACUGAAUUGAUUGAAAGACAUGAACGGUGGGCUGUACAUCAUAGAGGCGAGGAUGAUGAUUCGGAUGAUGGUCGAGAGGACCUUCCACGCACAGUCCCUGUAAACGAUGAUUUGUGGGAUUUCGGUACUGUGCGCCCCGUUGGGGGCAGAGGCGCUGGCAGAGGAGGUCUCAACACCAUGGGAGAUUCUGCAACGAAUGCCAGAUCAUCUCGGUCUUCAGAGAGCGAGGAUGAUUAUGCCGAGCGACCAAGAAGUUCAUCGCCAAGUAAGAUGAAGGAUUCAGGAUACAUGUCUACGGCAGAUACAGUUAAAGCGAUGAACUCUCCUAUCACCGAGUACCCACGCCAAACAUCCCCACAGAGACGGCCAGUUCCAAGCCUACAACCUCAGUCGCCUUCAAAAGUUCCUUUACCACCUUCUCCGGAAAAGCUACGUGUGGCAGCACCGGACGCUCCGAAAACUCCACAACAUUUCCAAUCCCAACAAUGGAAUGAUUCUCCUGAUUACGAUCGUUCACUGCAAGAGCAGCUGCAAAGAGAUAUGGGCUUUCUGAAUAUUGGAGCAACCCCUUCUCCUCAGCCGGAAAAUUCGGUGAUUAACAGAGCCUCUCAGCCACUUGCGGCACCUCCACGCCCACCAGCACAACAACCUUUACCAAAACUUGGGCCUCUAAAAUUACCUGAAAUUCCGCCCUUCCGAGGGAGCCCCCAACCUCUCCAACAAGUCACUAAUCAGUCCAAUACUGCCACACCUAAGCAACCAGUCCCAAACCCAGGCCCAGCCAUGAUAUCGCAAAACGUUAACCCCCGCCAACUUGGGCAACAGCCACUUCCGGCACUUCCUUCUAAACUUCGAGACAGCAACCCUUCGCGAGAAAACCUCUCCUCAGAAGCAUCACGAGCACCUGUUGCUAUGCCUUCCCCCGCACCUGCAAGUCCGACUGGCGAACUCGACGCUCUCAACGAUGUGAUAUUCCCGGCUCUUGAAGAAGCUUUAAAGCGCAGGCAGGUCCGACUUCAACAGGCCUUUAGAGGCACAGGUGCCACGCCGAAACAACAACGAGCACAAGCCGCCCACGAAAAGCUACGGAAAUUAGUUUACAAAUUAGCACAUGUCUGCAAGGAGAUCGAUCAUUGGGACAAACAAGAGCCGGUAGGAAUGGCUAACGGUGUCGACGUGUUCCUGGAGGGGUUAUUGGAGGAGAUUCUAGUUAGAGUUGAGCCUGCCGAUGACGAUGGAGAUGAUACGCGGUGA